AUGGAAGCCCCCAAAAAUGUUUACACCGAAUGCACUGGACUGGCGAAAGAGAUGUUUUCGAAAGAGUUCAUUGAAAACUUGAUCAACGAAGCUCGAACUCAACUGUAUAUUCAGAAGAAUAGGAGAGCGGCAAUUAUAAGGCAAUCACGAGCUGAUAUUGCUCAACUACUCAUGUCUGGCCAAUAUGAUGAUGCUAUAGCCAGGGUUAAUAAGCUGCAUAAUAACGAGUGUGUAUUGUCUGCGUAUGGUCAAAUUGGCCAAUUUAGUCACACUGUCCAUACCAAUCUCGGUGAAAUUAGCAGCCGCAAGAGGUUGUCUUAUGAAGUUGUUGAAGCAGUUUCAAGUUUGGUAUAUGCUGCCUCAAGAUGUGGCGAAUUACCGCAGCUACACCAGAUAAGAAUGCUGUUCAAAAAGCAUUUUGGUGCUGAUUUUGAGAGAACAAAUGUGAAAUUACAACCUGGGAAUUUCGUGAACACCCAAAUGAAGUACAACCUUGGAAGUAAAUCACUAUCAAACGAUGUGAAGAUUGAAAUGACUAUGGAAAUAGCUAGAGAGUACAAUAUCCCCAUGAGGCCUGAUCAAAUGCGUGAGAAAAAACCUGUGCCACAACGUGAAUCCGUGAAUUCCAAGGGUGAGAAAAAACCUGUGCCACGACGUGAAUCCUUGAAUUCCAAGGGGAAAGAUCAAAGGGAAGCUUCAAAAGUCAAGGCUACAUUGUGGAAAAUUGGGUCGAAAUUUUCUAUGUUCAGUCCUGGGAGUUUGAUUUAUAAGUGUAAUGGGAAGAACACAUCAUCACAGAGACACGAUGCUUCAGUCAAAACAGAUGGGACGUAUGGAAAACUAGAUGGGCCAAGUCAUAAGAACAAAAUGAAAAAUCAAACCAUAUUGAAGAAAUUAGGCGUUUCAUUGCGCAGGACUCAUAGUGGAAGAAGACUUUUACGAAAUGACUCUUUGAGUUCUCAUUCGACCAAUGUACACCCAAAGCUUCCAGACUAUGAUGAAUUAGUGGCCACAUUCACCGAAUACAAGGAAGAGCAUAAGAAGAGCAAUCCCAAUGACAGAACUCCUCGUAAGUGGAUGCGGUGGUUUUGA